AUGCGAGUGUGUUACAAUUGCGGUGAUCCUGGUCACUUAAGGCCGAUCUGUCCGAAGCUUGGGCAGCAAACUCGGAAAAGGGCAAAUGAGUCGCUGCCAUUGCCACCUCCAUUGAAGAGGCAAGCUUUAAUGCCAAGGUUUUAUUCCAUCUUCGAGGAGUCUAUUGAGCCAAGCACUUCUCAUCCGAUCACUGCGGCUGGUGGUCAAGUGAUGAUGACUUAUGGGAUAGUUCGAAACAUCUCAGUGAUGAUUGGUGGAUUGGACAUGCCAGCGGACUUGAAGAUUUUCCAAGUGAAAGCUCACGAUGUUAUCCUAGGAAUGGAUUGGCUCGACAAAUAUAUGGCGUACUUGGACUGCCACCGAGGGAGAGUUCUCUUCGAGACUGCUAAGGGAAUGCUGGGCCGUGAAGCGUAUUUGGCUUUGAUCACUACAGUUGAAGUUGGUUUGGAUGAUGAACUCAAGGACAUUCCGGUGGUACGGGAAUUUAAGGAUGUAUUCAGAGCAUUGACUGGUUUACCACCAACGCGUUUGGAUUCAUUUACCAUCGAGUUGGAACCAGAGACAACACCUAUCUCUAAGGCUCCUUAUUGGAUGUCACCGGCUGAGAUGGCCGAAUUGAAAAAGCAACUAAGUGAGCUGAUGGAGAAAUGA